GCACUCCAGCACUCGCUGGACUGGACUACUGGAGUCUCUAAUAAGUGGAAGGAAGCCUCUCGCUCGCCCGGUUGUCGGUCACUGGCCAAGUAGCUCAACUUCCCCAAGCUUCGUAGCUAAUCCAAUAAAAUCUCUCUCUGCCAUUUUUGGCCUUCCCGUUGAGGCGUUGAUCCCCCGAGGGUGGGUUAAAGGAGUUUUUAAUUAAAAACAAUCUGGGUUAUCCUUCAUAAUUUGGGUCGUGCUUUCGCUCUUCCGCGGCGAUUCUACUUUGGCGAGUCACUUGGGAGCAGUUGACCAGUGACUUUGGCGGUGGUCGUUGGCUGAAAUUCAAGACGAGGUCUGAAUAUUUGCUAAUGAACUGCCUUCUCUGCAAUUCCUACGGCUUUCUCAUUUUUUUGGUAGAAUUCUUUAUCUUCUGGACGCAGUGACUUCAAAUAUGUCACAAUCAGGGUACAAUUUAAAUGAUCUGGUUAGAGAAGCUCAAUCUCGCUGGUUGAAGCCUGCUGAAGUACUCUUCAUACUACAAAAUCAUGAGAACCAAAUGAUCACUAAUCAGCCUCCUCAAAAACCAGGAAGUGGAUCACUGUUCCUUUUCAACAAGAGGGUCCUUAGGUUUUUCCGUAAGGAUGGGCAUAGUUGGCGGAGGAAGAGAGAUGGGAGAACUGUUGGUGAAGCACAUGAACGGCUUAAGGUUGGAAAUGUGGAAGCUUUAAAUUGCUAUUACGCACACGGGGAGCAGAACCCUAAUUUUCAGAGGCGUAGCUAUUGGAUGUUGAACCCGGCCUAUGAACACAUUGUUCUCGUUCACUACAGAGAUAUAAGUGAGCUGCAGGCAAGGAACAAUGCAGGAACCAUAUCACAAUUUUCUCCAAUAUCCUCCUCUACCUUCAGUCAGAGCCCGAUCUCAGGCAACACUCAGCAGCUAGGCUCUUCUCCUCUCCUCGGAGAAUCUUAUGAGCAAAUUCACAAUUUAUCUAGUCCUGGAUCUGUUGAAUUUAGCUCUAGUGUUGUCAUCAAGAGUAAUGGAAUGAAUUACUCACAGGAUAUAGAGAGAACAGAGGAGGUUACUAGUUCAUCGAGCCAUGACAUCAGUCAAGCAUUGAGAAGGCUUGAGGAGCAGUUAAGUUUAAAUGAUGACAGGCUGGAAGAAAUUGGUAGUUGUUACACACAGAAUGAGAACUCACACGAUUCAGAAAAGUCCACACAGGGUCAAACUCCAUCUGUUCCAGGACAAGGUUAUGAGAUUGAACACCAACAGCAAUCGUUGGGACAUGAGGGCUGGACAGAGAUGCUAGAUGGCUGCAAUAGUUCAGAAGAUGUUUUGGCACAAGUGAGACAUGUAGACAAAUUUGACAGAAAUGGUGUGCUUCUUGAUGAAUGGACUAAAGAGCUGGUGGCUGAGCAAGAUGGUUAUACUUGGUUAGAUUAUGGAGGAACAAAUGCUCAAGAUGUUUCUUUACCAGUUGCCAAGGAAGUCCAAAAUCUGGCAUAUCCUGCUUAUUCAGCUGCAGUAAAGACCUACAUGACCAACCCGGACAAUUAUACAACACUAUUUGACCACAAUCAGAUUGGAAUCUCCCUUGAAGAGGAUUUGGGUUUAACUAUAGCCCAAAAGCAGAAAUUUACUAUUCAAGAGAUAUCUCCAGAAUGGGCUUAUGCCUCGGAAACAACAAAGGUUUUCAUAAUUGGAUCAUUUCUCUGUGAUCCAUUGGAUGCUGCAUGGACUUGCAUGUUUGGUGACAUUGAAGUUCCAGUUCAGAUCAUUCAGGAAGGGGUCAUUUGUUGCCAUGCUCCUCAUCACUCGCCUGGAAAAGUCACAAUUUGUGUCACUUCCGGUAAUAGAGAGUCCUGCAGCGAAGUCAGGGAAUUCGAAUAUCGUGUUAAACCAACCGUUUGUAGUCAUUGCAGUCAGCCACAGAGAGAAGCUAGUAGAAGUCCUGAAGAAAUGUUGUUACUUGUCAGAUUUGUACAGUUGCUUCUAUCCAAUCCUUCAAUGCAAAAAGGAGAUACUUCUGAAUCAGGAGUUGAUUUAUUGGGCAAAUCCAGAGCAGAUGAGGACUCAUGGGGUCAAGUCAUAGAAGCUCUUUUGGCGGGCACUUCUACACUAUCUAUCACAACAGACUGGCUCCUAGAAGAACUUGUGAAAGACAAGUUGCAAAAUUGGCUUUCUUCAAAAUCACAAGAUGAUAACAUGCCAUGCUGUUCCUUAUCAAAGAAAGAACAAGGGGUAAUACACAUAAUUUCUGGUUUAGGAUUUGAGUGGGCCCUGCACCCAUUUCUCAAGUCUGGAGUCAAUGUUAACUUUCGUGACAUAAAUGGUUGGACUGCCCUUCAUUGGGCUGCGCGUUUUGGAAGGGAAAAAAUGGUUGCUGCACUGAUAGCAGCUGGUGCAUCUGCUGGAGCGGUUACUGAUCCCAAUUCUAAGGACCCAACUGGGAAAACUGCUGCAUCUGUUGCUGCCACUUGGGGCCACAAGGGUCUUGCUGGUUAUCUUUCAGAAGUGGCACUAACUAGUCAUCUCUUUUCCCUUACCCUGGAAGAGAGUGAGCUAUCAAAAGGAUCUGCUGAUGUAGAAGCAGAAAGAACUUUGAUUAACAUUCCCAAGACAAGUCCCACUACAAACGAGGACCAGCUUUCUCUGAAGGAUAGCUUAGCUGCUGCGCGGAAUGCUGCACAGGCUGCUGCACGCAUACAGUCUGCAUUCCGUGCACAUUCUUUCAGGAGGAGGCAGCAGAAAGAAUUUGAUAUUUCUGCUGCUUCAAGCACAUCUAGAGACGAGUAUGGAAUCCUUUUAUCUGACAUACCAGAGCUUUCGGCUGCUUCAAAGUUUGCCUUCCGCAAUUCGAGGGAUUACAACUCAGCUGCUUUAUCGAUACAGAAGAAAUAUCGUGGUUGGAAAGGUCGCAAGGAUUUUCUUGCAUUUCGUCAGAAAGUAGUGAAAAUACAGGCUCAUGUGCGAGGCUAUCAGGUCAGAAAGAAUUAUAGGGUAUGCUGGGCCGUGGGUAUUCUGGAGAAGGUAGUUCUUAGGUGGCGUAGACGUGGAGUUGGUUUGCGUGGGUUCCGCCUUGAGACAGAUGCUAUCGAUGAAAGUGAGGAUGAAGACAUUCUAAGGGUCUUCCGUAAGCAGAAGGUUGAUGCAACUAUUGAUGAAGCUGUGUCAAGGGUAUUGUCAAUGGUUGAGUCUCCAGGAGCGCGCCAGCAGUAUCGCCGCAUUCUGGAGAAAUAUCGUCAAGCUAAGGCUGAGCUUGAUGGUGCCGAGAGGGAAAUAUCCUCGACUUCAUAUGACGUAUCUAGCAUGGAAAAUGAUGACAUUUACCAAUUUGUGUAGAUGCGAUGGAUAACUUGGCUUUUAUUCUAGACUCUGUAUGUGGGGAUAGAUGUAAAUUGAAGUUCAGGUAGCUUAAUUUGGUUAUUGUUUAGGGUUAGCUAGUUUGAUUGGUUAUAUUGCUGAGAUUGGCAUUUUGUAAAUGCGCUGUGCAGUUUGAUGUAAAUGUCAAUGGUAGGGCUGUUACGUUUAAGAGAAAUUUGCGAUAAAUUUACCUUUUUAUGGUACAUGACCAUGUGUGUAUGAUUACACGAUGUUUGCUCCUGUAAAAGUGAAGACGUCCUCGCGUUGUUUUA